AUGUUCAGGAAUACUGCCUUGAAGGCCUCCAGGAGGUCCUUCAACCUCUCCUCGAGCGCUCGUCUUUCCAACAAGAAUGGCUUUAGUCUUGCUGCUCGUCGUCCUCUUGCUAUCGUGAAUGGCACCCGUCAAUAUGCUUCCGAAGCGUCAAAACCUGGAGUGGACCCCAACGAUUCUUUCCUCCAGGGCAGCACUGCCAACUACAUCGAUGAGAUGCCUUCACUCCUCCCCCCUACCCUCGUCCCUACCCCUACCGGUGGUGUCCCCCAGGACAUGCCCGCUGCCGGCCUCGCCGGUGGUACCGAUGUCACCAACCACUUGAAGGUUCAAUUGCUGGUGCGCGCUUACCAGGCCCGUGGUCACCACAAGGCCAAGAUCGACCCUCUCGGCAUUCGCGGAGAGGCCGAGGCUUUCGGCUACAACAAGCCCAAGGAGCUUGAGCUGGACCACUACGGUUUCACUGAGCGUGAUCUGGACCAGGAGUUCGCUCUUGGACCUGGUAUCUUGCCCCGCUACGUUACUGAAGAGCGCAAGAAGAUGAGUUUGCGUGAGAUCAUUGCUGCUUGCGAGAAGAUCUACUGUGGCUCUUACGGUGUUGAGUACAUCCACAUCCCCGACCGCAAGCCUUGCGAGUGGAUCCGUGACCGCUUCGAGAUCCCCGAGCCCUUCCGCUACUCCGUCGAUGAGAAGCGUCGUAUUCUGGACCGUCUUAUCUGGAGUUCCAGCUUCGAGACCUUCUUGUCUACCAAGUACCCCAACGACAAGCGUUUCGGUCUGGAGGGUUGUGAGACCCUGGUUCCUGGUAUGAAGGCUCUCAUUGACCGCAGUGUUGACUACGGCAUCAAGGACAUUGUCAUCGGUAUGCCUCAUCGUGGUCGUCUGAACGUCCUCUCCAACGUUGUUCGUAAGCCCAACGAGUCCAUCUUCAGUGAGUUCGCUGGUUCCACUGAGCCUUCCGAUGAGGGUUCCGGUGAUGUCAAGUACCACUUGGGUAUGAACUUCGAGCGCCCUACCCCCUCCGGUAAGCGUGUGCAGCUUUCCCUGGUUGCCAACCCCUCUCACUUGGAGGCCGAGGACCCCGUUGUCCUGGGUAAGGCUCGUGCUAUCCAGCACUACAACAACGAUGAGACCGAGUUCAACACCGCUAUGGGUGUUCUGCUCCACGGUGAUGCUGCUUUCGCCGCUCAGGGUAUUGUCUACGAGACCAUGGGAUUCCAGUCUCUGCCUGCUUACUCUACCGGUGGUACUGUCCACAUCGUUGUGAACAACCAGAUUGGUUUCACCACCGACCCCCGCUUUGCCCGUUCCACCCCCUAUUGUUCGGACAUUGCUAAGUCUAUUGACGCCCCUGUCUUCCACGUCAACGCCGAUGAUGUCGAGGCCGUCAACUACGUUUGCCAGAUCGCCGCCGACUGGCGUGCCGAGUUCAAGCGUGACGUUGUCAUUGACAUGGUCUGCUACCGUAAGCAAGGUCACAACGAGACUGAUCAGCCCUCUUUCACCCAGCCUCUGAUGUACAAGCGUAUUGCUGAGCAGAAGGCUCAGCUCGACAAGUACGUCGAGAAGCUGAUUGCUGAGGGUACCUUCACCAAGGAGGAUAUCGAUGAGCACAAGAAGUGGGUCUGGGGCAUGCUGAACGACAGCUUCGACCGCAGCCGUGACUACCAGCCUACCAGCAAGGAGUGGUUGACUUCUGCUUGGAACAACUUCAAGACCCCCAAGGAGCUCGCCACUGAGGUCCUUCCUCACCUCCCUACUGCCGUCGGUACCACCAACCUGAAGACCAUCGCCGAGAAGAUCAGCGGUAGCGAUGCCCCCGAGGGCUUCGUUCUUCACCGUAACCUGAAACGUAUCUUGGCUGGCCGUAAGAAGGCUGUUGAUGAGGGUAAGGGCAUUGACUGGGCUACUGCUGAGGCUCUUGCCUUCGGUACCCUUGUCGAUGAGGGUUACCACGUCCGUGUCUCCGGACAGGAUGUUGAGCGUGGUACCUUCUCUCAGCGUCACGCCGUCCUGCACGACCAGGAGACUGAGGCUGUCCACACUCCUCUGCAGAAGAUCAGCGACAAGCAGGGUAGCUUCGUCAUUUCUAACUCCUCCCUGAGCGAGUUCGGCUGUCUCGGCUUCGAGUACGGUUACUCUCUGACCUCCCCCGAGGCUCUUGUCAUGUGGGAGGCCCAGUUCGGUGACUUCGCCAACAACGCUCAGUGUAUCAUUGAUCAGUUUAUCGCCUCCGGUGAAUCCAAGUGGCUGCAGCGCUCCGGUCUCGUUGUCUCUCUGCCCCACGGUUACGAUGGCCAGGGUCCUGAGCACUCUUCCGGUCGUAUGGAGCGUUGGUUGCAGCUUUGCAACGAGGAGCCUCGCGUCUUCCCCCCUGCUGACAAGCUGGAUCGCCAGCACCAGGACUGCAACAUGCAGAUUGUUUACAUGACUGAGCCAUCUAACCUGUUCCACGUCCUGCGUCGCCAGAUCCACCGCCAGUUCCGCAAGCCUCUGAUUAUCUUCUUCUCCAAGUCUUUGCUGCGUCACCCCAUCGCUCGCUCUGACAUUGAGUCCUUCACUGAUGACUCCCACUUCCAGUGGAUCAUCCGUGACAAUGCCCACGGUACCACCAUCGACGAGCCCGAGAAGAUUGAGCGCGUUGUUAUGUGCUCUGGUCAGGUUUACGCUGCCCUCGUCAAGCACCGCGAGGCCAACGGUAUCCGCAACACUGCCAUCACCCGUGUCGAGCAGCUUCACCCCUUCCCUUGGGCUCAGCUGAAGGAGAACCUCGACAGCUACCCCAACGCCAAGAACAUUGUCUGGUGCCAGGAGGAGCCUCUUAACGCCGGCCCCUGGUCUUUCGUCCAGCCCCGUAUCGAGACCAUGCUCAACUCCACUGAGCACCACAACCGCCGUCACGUCCUGUACGCCGGUCGCGCUCCUAGCGCCUCCGUCGCCACUGGUCUCAAGGCUGUUCACCUGAAGGAGGAGCAGGAGCUUCUGGAGCAUGCUUUCUCCGUCCACCAGGAUCGCCUUAAGGGCGAGUAA